UCUGAAACUUCACUCAUCAGUCUAAAAAUUUUGUGCGUUGUUCGGGAAGUUGAGUUUAUGCUGUGGUGCUGCAAUUUUUCUUUUAAUUUAUUUUUUGCAUAAAAUUUAUAAUUUUUACGUUAAAAUUCGUUCCGUAACGAGAUGUGCAUAAAAUGUGGUGAAUAUUGUAUUGACAAUUAUUGACAAAUUUGGUGUGUAUAGCAAAGUCGAACGGUGAAAUCCAUCAAAAUAUUCGUUUUCUUGACAACUCGGUUGCAAUGGAUGUGGACACAGAAUGGUUGGAAGAACUGUUGGCUGAUGUACAAUUAGAGCAAUUUUUGCACAAAAUCAAAGAGGAUUUACAAGUGACCCGGCUGGCUCAUUUCGAUUAUGUGCAUGCCGAUGAUUUGGAGAAAAUCGGUCUUGGUAAACCGGCCAUUCGCCGGUUGAUGGAUGCGGUGAAAAAGCGUAAAACACAACAAUGGCGACGAAACAUUUUAUCGAAACUGAUCGGUGGCGGGAAGCAACAGCCACACAAGAAAAAUCAAAAUGCAGCCACUGAAAAUCCGUCCGUUCUGUCGUUGACAUGUUUGAUACACGAGAAGGACAUUACAUUGGGCCUGAAGUUGGGAGACGGUUCGUUUGGUGUUGUACGACGUGGGGAAUGGUCUGCACCUGGUAAUCGACUGAUUCAAGUUGCCGUUAAGGUACUGAAAGCAGACAAUUUGUCACAGCCAGGGAUAAUGGAAGACUUUUUCAAAGAAGUUCAAGCGAUGCAUGCACUGGACCACCCAAACUUAGUGAGACUGUACGGAGUUGUACUGACACAACCAAUGAUGAUGAUCACCGAAUUGGCAGAACGAGGAUCCCUGCUGGACACGCUUCGUAAACAGUGUAAACAUACUCCGCUGCCGUUGGUCUGGAAUUGGGCCGUUCAAGUAGCAACUGGCAUGGCAUACCUAGAGAGCAAACGGUUCUUGCACCGUGAUUUAGCUUGUCGAAAUGUCUUGUUGGCAAGCGGCAAUAAGAUCAAAAUCGGUGAUUUCGGAUUGAUGCGAGCUCUGCCGCAACAGGAGGAUUGCUAUGUAAUGACCGAGCACAAAAAGGUUCCAUUCCCAUGGUGUGCACCCGAAUCGCUGCGGUAUCGUCAAUUUAGUCAUGCAUCGGAUUCGUGGAUGUUUGCCGUGACACUAUGGGAAAUGUUUACGUUCGGUGAGGAUCCGUGGAUCGGUUUGAAUGGAUCACAAAUUCUUCGAAAAAUCGAUCGCGAGGGUGAACGAUUACAUCAUCCCGAUGCGUGUCCGCCAGAUAUGUAUCAACUGAUGUUACAGUGCUGGGACAAGACACCGACGGAACGGCCGACCUUUGCUGCAAUUAAAGAAUUUUUGUCAAUUUCCCCACCACCAAUGUCGAAGGCCAUUGGUUACUACAACGAAGAGAAUCGACUGAAAAUUGAACAGGGUGAUCUGAUUGCAUUGAUUGACGAACGGGCUGAUCUGAAGUUUAUAAAAGGACAAAAUCAAAGAAGUUUCGACAUUGGAACGUUUCCCAGAAAUGUUAUCGAAUCUCCGAAAGCCUCCAAAAUACUGACUGACCAUGGUCGACCGAUCCAUGACCCUCAUCGACAAAGUGGAUUCGGUUCAUCUUGGGGUGGUAGUCCACCGGUAACGAGUUCAAUGUCACGUGCAGAUAGACCUGCCGAGGAUGUGUUGUUACGCAGUCGUACUUUGGACUUGGCAUCAUGCUCAGCCAUGCGUAAAAAGAAGACCACCACAGAGCAUCACGUUCGCGAGCGGAAAAGCAAUGCAACCAAACAGUUUGCGUACAACAAAUUGAAAACGGAACGAGAGCAAUCGUUGAAAAUAAAGCCGUCACGACCACCGCAGCCGAAAGUGACGAAUGCGGAGAAAGAGGGAAUGUUAAUUGAUUUGUCGCCCAAUGACAACACCCUAAACUCCAGCGGUCAAUUGGCUAUGUCACAAACGCCAAACAAUGUCAGUCUUCUGGAUGCACCAAUCGAAAUUCCGACCGACAAUUCGGGAUUCGAUCUGUCUGAAUUACGGAUAGAGACCCGAUUGGAACCGCCACCGUACCACUAUCCACCAACAUACAUGAAUACUCUCGGCCUCAACCAGCCCGACAGCAAUGCAACCAACUCGUUUACUUCUUUUCCUCAAAGCCAUCAUUCCGAUCCAUUCGACACGUCGUACAUUGCUGAAAAUCCAAAUGUGACCGCUAAUUCCAGUGCAUCACUGAAUGCCGUCUACAACAACAUUCAAACGACCAAUGCCUACCGGUACAGUUCCGGCAUUGAAAAGAACGUACAAACGCACAGAAAUGCCGUGGCGGACGGCAAACAGAACAACUCGAAUGGAGCGAUUGCCAAACAGAAACCAAUGACGUUGAGCAGUGACCUGGACAAUCUUGUCAUGAACACAAUGGCAUCGUUGAGUCCGCGGAAUAGUGUGAGAAGUCUGAGCUUUGCCACCUGCACAGACAACAAAUACUCAAACAAUUUACAGUGGAAUCCGUCCACACAACAUGACAUUGACGCCGGUAAUAGUGAAUCUUUCAGUGACUCGUUACGUGUGAAUCUCAGUGCACUGUCGCUAGAUGAUAGCAUCAACAACAGUGCAGCUACGCCAAAAAAAUUAGACAAAUCUCUGUACUCCGAUCUGGAGAAAGAAAUGUACAAAAGUGAAUCGACGUCGUCCAGUGUCAAUGUGAACACAUCACAAAACUACGAUCGCAUCAGCCUAGGCAAAGAGAAUUCGGUGAGUGCAAUACCAAGCGAGAUAUACGAACGCCGUUCGGAGGCGACCUCGUCGGCAUUAAGUCUGAAUAAAGUGCAAAAUGCCUCACCGAAACCAGUCAAACAAACGAACGCAAUGACCAAAUCGACGAACCAAGAAGUGGCACAGGUCCAUCGCAGUCUCUACGAGAUUCCAUUGAAUUUCACGCAAAAUGCGAUCACCCCCACAAAGAAUUACUCAGCAUCCGUGCACCCGUAUGCCAAGCAGAACAAUACCGAAACCAACGCCACAGCGUCUUCCGUGAACGACACAGCAGCGGUAAUCAAUCCGAUUUGGUUCGAACAACAAACAACCAAAGAUGUAAAUGUGCACAGUCCGCGGAAAUCAUUCUACAGUAAUGUAGCACAGCCACCAGUCGGUUCGGAGAAAAAUCACAAUUUUGUCGCCAUUUCGAACCGACCACCGUCGAUGAUACAGAACGACACGAAACCAUUGAACACAAGUCUGUACGGCAGUGAUUUUUACAGCAGUGUGGCUGGCGACUUCUACGAUACCGUACCGUCAAAUAACGCCGCAUCAGCUCUUUACGUAUCGAUGCCGCGGAAUCAUGUCAAUUCCAUUUACGCAAACGAAUCUCAAAAAGUACCUGUGAUAUACGACGAAGUCAGCAACGAUGAAUUGUUGCGACCGCAUCGUCCGGCACCAUUGGCACCGCCACCGCUAUCCGCCCAACAGAUCCAACGGCGAAUGGAAAAGGAGCGACAAAAUCAAUUGCAACAACAGCAACAGAUUUACGGCAAUUUGGCUGCUGGCACUGCUAGUGGAAUGAUUGAAUCGCAAAAGGUGUUGGAAUUGAUGCAAGAAGUUGGAGACGAUGCAACACAGAUUGAAGCCACUCAGGCUUUGCAGGCUGUCGGUUGGGAUCAUUCGUUGGCGGUUCGACAUUUCAAAAUUGAACGACUUGUGAGGCUCGGAUUAGCGCCCCGUCAAAAAUGCGAAGAAGCUCUCUCGAAAACCGGAUGGAGUAUACAGUUGGCAGCUUCCAUACUUUUAGAAGCUUCAUAGUUGUAAGUUUUUUUAAAAAAGAGAUCUGCACACAGGUUUUUAAAGUAGGACAGCUAUAAAAAUGAUCUAUGUUACGUUGACAAUUAUGAAGAAAAAAAUA